GAGAAGGAGAUUGCAAAAAGGCUGGGGAUCAGCCAGCUGCGCUACUGUUGUUGGCUCAACACAAGUAGCCUGGGUGGGAAGGAAAUAGGGGGCAACGGAGAGAGAGAGAGGACAGUUGCCAUCGGCCGAGUGAACCAGCUGACUUUUUCUCCCCCUUUACCUGAUUCCUCUUCUCCCACAUCCCCGCCCCCAGCUUUGCUUCUUGCCGGCUCCUUUCUCCUUCUAUGAAGAGGAGGCGGUUGGGGGGUUGAACAGGACAGCCUGAGAGCCAGGAGAGCCAGCCGGCGUGGGACUAAAAAGCCAAGGGGUCGCCGGACAACAAGAAACCUUCCUGGUACCUCUGGGUUGCUGCUUCUCUUUCCAACCAGGGUGGCUUGGGUGUGUUGACUUGAAAUCGGCUGCUUGCUUUAGGAAACUGAAUCAAGAAGUGUGUCACAGAGGUGAACAUCAAACUGCCAACUUCAGCAGGUUCUCUCAGCACUGUUUUCCAAAACUGGCAUAGAAGCUUCCAGUCCUUCUCAAGAAAAUGGGGGCUGAUGGUGAAAAUGGAGUUCUAAGGAAUAUUUUGGUCGGUCUCAACUUAAUGCUUCUAGGAUCCAUCUUCAGACCCUUUGAGUGCCGAUUAGAAGUAAUGACAGAGAGAGUCAAAAGACAAGUUACCGACGAGGAAGGUGGCUUUGCCAACUACACAUCACCUGUCAAAGAGCAACCCAUGGUCUUCAGCCAUAUAUACAACAUUAAUGUGCCUCUGGACAGCCUCUGCUCAACAUCCCUAGAGGCUUCAUCUGACCCGGAGGUGAGUUCGGAAGAUGACCGGAUGACGGAAUACACCGAGCAGACCUCAGACAGUGAGAGCCAGGUCACCUUCACCCACAGGAUAAAUCUUCCCAAACAGACUUGCAAGUGCGCCGCCUCUUCCCGGGACAUACAGGAGCUGCUGAGCAGGAUUGAGAUACUGGAGAGGGAGGUGUCCAUGCUCCGGGACCAAUGCAACUCCAAUUGCUGUCAAGAAAAUGCAGCCACAGGGCAGCUGGAUUACCUCCCUCAUUGUAGUGGUCACGGCAAUUUCAGUCUGGAAUCUUGCGGCUGCAUCUGCAAUGAAGGCUGGGCUGGGAAGAACUGCUCAGAGCCCCUCUGCCCCACGGGCUGCUCAAGCCGGGGUGUGUGCGUUGAUGGCCAAUGCAUUUGUGACAAUGAUUAUAGUGGGGAAGAUUGCUCAGAGGCCCGCUGCCCAACUGACUGCAGCUCUCGAGGACUCUGUGUGGAUGGAGAAUGCAUCUGUGAAGAAGGUUUUUCUGGAGAAGACUGCAGCGAGCUGAGCUGCCCCGGAGACUGCUCGGGGAAGGGGAGAUGUGCCAAUGGAACUUGCAUCUGCCAGGAGGGUUAUGUUGGGGAGGACUGUGGGCAGCUGAGGUGCCUCAAUGCCUGCAGUGGCCGUGGAUUCUGCCAAGAGGGCCUGUGCUCUUGUGAAGAAGGCUACCAGGGGCAAGACUGCUCAGCAGUUGCCCCACCUGAGAGCUUGCGAGUGGCUGCCAUCAGUGAUAGGUCAAUUGACCUGGAAUGGGAUGGGCCAAUGGCCGUGACGGAAUAUGUGAUCUCCUACCAACCAGCAGUGCCUGGGGGCCUGCAGCUUCAGCAGCGGGUGCCUGGGGACUGGAGCACCGUCUCUAUCAAGGAGCUGGAGCCAGGCAUGACGUACAACAUCAGCAUCUAUGCUGUCAUCAGUGAUGUGCUCAGUGUCCCUGUUGGUGUCAAGGUAGCCACCCAACUCUCCACUCCACAGGGUCUGCAGUUCAAAACAAUCACAGAGACCACAGUUGAGAUGCAAUGGGAGCCCUUCUCCUUCUUGUUUGAUGGCUGGGAAGUCAGCUUCAUCCCCAAGGACAAUGAGGGCGGUGUCAUUGCACAGCUUCCUAGCAGUGUGACAACCUUUAAUCAGACGGGCCUGAAACCAGGUGAGGAGUACACUGUCAAUGUGGUAGCCCUCAAGGAACAAGCCCGGAGUCCGCCCACUUCAGCCAGCGUUUCAACCUUAAUUGAUGGGCCAAGCCAAAUACUGGUGCGAGAUGUCUCAGACACAGUGGCCUUUGUUGAAUGGACUCCACCUCGGGCAAAAGUGGACUACAUUCUGCUGAAGUAUGGCCUAGAGAAUGGGGAAGGCGGAAAGACCACGUUCCGGCUACAGCCCCCCCUGAGCCAGUACUCCAUGCAGGCACUACGACCUGGAUCACGAUACGAAGUCUCCAUCACAGCCAUCCGUGGGACCAAUGAGAGUGAUGCUGCAGUCACCCGCUUUGUAACAGAAAUUGAUGCUCCCAAAAAUUUGCAUGUGGUCUCCCGGACAUCUGACAGCCUGGAACUUGAGUGGGACAACAGUGAGGCAGAGGUGGAGAACUUCAAGGUAGUGUACAGCACUCUGGCUGGUGAGCAGUACCAUGAAGUGCUGGUGCCACGGAACACAGGUGUCACAACCAGGGCCACCCUUAUGGAUUUGGUACCAGGAACAGAGUAUGGAGUGGGGAUUUCAGCUGUAUUGGACGGCAAGCAGAGUGUUCCAGCUACCAUGAAUGCAAGGACUGAGCUCGACAGCCCCCGUGACCUCAUAGUGAAGGCUUCCACUGAGACAUCGAUCUCUGUGUCCUGGACCAAAGCCAAAGGCCCCAUUGAUCACUACCGGGUCAUCUUCAUCCCUGCCUCAGGAAUGGCAUCCGAGGUUACCGUUGCCAAAGACAAGUCUGAACUUACACUAUCAGACUUGGAACCCGGGACAGAGUACACCAUCUCCGUCAUUGCAGAAAGAGGCCGUCAGCAGAGCCUUGAAAGCACAGUGGAUGCCUUUACAGGGUUCCGACCAAUCACGCAGCUUCACUUUUCUCAUGUGACUUCCUCCAGCGUGAACAUCACUUGGAGUGACCCCUCCCCUCCAGCAGAUAAACUGAUUCUGAACUACAGCCCCAAAGACAAAGAGGAAACCAAGCAAGUGAUGCUAGACCCCAACAAGAGACAUGCCGCCUUGUUUGGCUUACAGCCGUCAACAGAAUACAUUGUGUCCUUGGUGGCGGUGCAUGGCCUCAUCAGCUCUGAGCCCAUCAUGGGCUCCAUCACAACAGCAAUUGAUCCUCCAAGGAACCUGACCGUUGAUAACAUGACUACAGAUUCUGUGACCGUCCACUGGGCUCCUCCUACUGCAUCUUUUGAUCAUUAUAGAAUAGCCUACAAAUCUGCCCAAGGACGAAUGGACAGCAUUGUUAUUGCCAAAGGUGUCACAGAAUAUACCCUCAGCCACCUGCAGCAAGCCACUGAGUAUGAGAUCAACUUGAAGAGUGUACGGGGGAGAGAGGAAAGUGAGCCCCUCUCCCACAUCUUGUAUACAGCCAUGGACAAUCCAGAGAGUUUGACUGCCACCAACAUCACUCCAACAGAAACCUUGCUCAAGUGGGAGCCACCCAUGGCUGAAGUUGAGAAUUACGUCAUUGUACUUACUCAUGACACAAUUGCAGGUGAGACUAUUUUAGUGGAUGGGACCAACCAAGAGUACCAGCUUAUAAAUUUGCUCCCCAGUACCAGCUAUGGCGUCACGAUGUAUGCCACCAAUGGGCCUGUCACCAGCAGAACCAUCUUCACCAACUUUACCACUCUUUUGGAUCCUCCAUCAAAUCUGACAGCAAGCGAAGUGACGCGGCGGAGUGCACUCCUUUCAUGGCUUCCUCCAAUGGCUGAGAUCGAAAACUACAUCAUGACGUAUCGGUCACCUGAUGGAAGCCGAAAGGAGCUGAUUGUGGAGGCAGAAGACACCUGGAUCCGCCUAGAAGGGCUUUCAGAAAACACAGAGUACACAGUGCGCCUGCAAGCAGCUCAAGAUGCUGUGAGGAGUGGGUUCACCUCCACCAUCUUCACCACAGGAGGCCGUGUAUUUAUGAAUCCUCAGGACUGUGCCCAGCAUUUGAUCAAUGGUGACACGAUGAGUGGCGUUUACACCAUUUCCCUUAAUGGAGACCUCAGCCAGAGAGUGCAAGUGUACUGCGACAUGACAACGGAUGGGGGUGGAUGGAUUGUGUUCCAGAGACGACAGAAUGGGCUGACAGAUUUCUUUCGGAAGUGGGCAGAUUAUCGCACUGGCUUUGGAAACCUAGAGGAUGAGUUCUGGCUGGGGCUAGAUAACAUGCACAAGAUCACAUCACAAGGGCGCUAUGAACUGCGGAUAGAUAUGAAAGAUGGCCAGGAAACAGCAUAUGCCUAUUAUGACAAAUUCUCCAUUGGAGAUACCAGGAGCCUGUACAAACUCCGGAUAGGGGACUACAAUGGCACUGCCGGGGAUUCACUCACCUAUCACCAGGGGCGUCCAUUUUCCACCAAAGACAGAGAUAAUGACGUUGCGGUUACAAACUGUGCCAUGUCAUACAAAGGGGCCUGGUGGUAUAAGAACUGCCACCGGACCAAUCUCAAUGGCAAGUAUGGCGAGUCCCGACACAGCCAGGGUAUUAACUGGUACCACUGGAAAGGACAUGAGUUCUCCAUACCCUUUGUGGAAAUGAAGAUGCGGCCCUACAUCCAUCGCAACACCUUGGGGAGGAAACGGCGGUCCGUGCAGCUGUGAAGUGGCAGGAUUCCCUCUGGAUGAGCAGUCCUUUCUUCCUUCCUUCCUUCCUUCCUUCCUUUCCUUCCUUCCUUCCUGUCAUUUUUUUGUAUUUUAUAAUAUGAAAAGGGAAGAACAAAAGUAACCCUGAGGUACCAGCCUGCUCCACAUUGAGUGGCUGAGGGAAGUCAUGACGCCCCCCAGAGGGCUGGCUCACUUGGUAAGAGAACCACCUUGAUGCUUUGCUGUCAUUCCCAGUGGCUGAUUGAGUCCCUGUCCAGUCCCACCUCCACACUACAUGAAACAUGGAGGGUUUUUUGUUUUGUUUUUUAUCUCCUAUUGAACCUACUAGAAAAUGGCUUCAGUUAAGGUUUUCUUCCUAACUCACUUUCUGUUGUAAGGCGCUUCCUGUCUCAUUCCAGCUGCUCUGCCAGAGGGUACCAAGGGAGGCUCCCAGAGCCACUGUGGUUGCUUCUGCUGCUGCUACAUGAACUAAGCGAUGUUUUCACAAUGAUGCCUGCUGAGUCAGCAUAUGCCCAUCAGCCAGGAAGGAGAUUCCAAAAUCUGGGGACUUAUUUCAUCCACUUUCAGAGGUCACACAAGUCCAUUCCUUGAAGGGUCUCACAUGUGGGCCCCCUUUGCAUAUGGCGUGGGGUUCUUCAUCCUCCAAGAAACCAAGGCCUUUCAUCCUCCUCACGCCAUAGCAACCUCCACAGGUCAUGCUCACAGGAAGAAAUGCAAACAAAGCUAAUUAUUCAUAUAGAAGAUAUUUUGGAAUAAGGACCACCUUGCUCCUAUAAUGUUCUCAUCACGUACCCUUUACAAGCUUUCCAAAAUAAGUUUCUCACACGCAUUUGGUUAAGAAGCCCCUUUACAUGCUUUAAACUCUGCUUCUAAAAGAGGAGCUAAAGGGUCCACAUGCUUACUCUUCAACCCUCCUCAUUUGAUAACAUGUUUCAAUAUAAAGUCACUUCCUACUGCCUAGGAAGCAAAUCACUGUGGCACUUGGCUUGCAGUUGUAUAAAUACAGCAUGGUCAGGGAGAGCUUGCAAAGAAUUAUGGGGAAGCACAGCGGAGGAAAGCUCUGAGUUAAUGACACCAUUUCACCAACCUGAUCCUCCUUGGGUAGGGGAGAGGGAAAUGAGGCGUGUGCAUUCCUGUGCAUGAAUCUUAUGUGAAUAGUACAGACAUAUGGCACGACUCCUGACUAGCCCCUUUAAAUUCCUUAAGCUGGUUGACCUUUGAUUGUCUGAGGACAACCUUUAACAUAAAGGUUUUGAGGACUGCAACUCUGGGAAGUCAACGGACCAAAGCCAAACUGCAUGAGAACACCGCUGGGGGAGAGUUUGACAGUGGCCACUUGGGAGCAGUGCAAGAAUGGGUGUGUGUUUAGCCCUUUCCUUCCAUGCCAUUUUCCCAAUCAAAAUCUCCUCAGUCUGCUGCUUGCCUCACACUGGCGUGCUCCUUCAAAAUUGUAGCCUCAGUGGCUGCAUUUUAUAACUUUUUUAAAAGUCUGUAAACAGAAUAUUGGAACUACAUGCAACUUGUAGCUCUGUCUUUUCUAAGGUGGCAAACCUGUGAAUUGGUAGUCCCACUUCAAACUGUAUGUAGGUACUCAAACUUGAGUGCUCCCCAACAAAAGAACUCCUUUGUGUUUUGUAUUUUUGUAUCACAGAAUAUUCAGUUGACUGAUCCUCACCUGCAAUCCAAAGUGAGAAAAUCCAGACAUGUUUUACCAUCACAGUAGGGUGUAGGCCUCAGUUAUAUUAGUGUGGCAGGGGAACCCCGUCCAUUAGGGUUAUUCUGUCUGCAUUUGUGAGACUUCUGAUGGCCCAGAAAAUUAACAUUGGCCAGCAUCCAGACUAACAAAGCUAGUGCUGCUAACACUGCACUGGUGCUGCAGGAGAAUGGCGGUUUCCAUUGUUCUCCCCUUCCCUCUGAAGCCAACUGUGACUCCCAAAAAUAUGUCCCUGAGAACUGCAUGGCCCUCAUUCUUAAGAGUCACAAUCAACUUCAUGGGGAAGGAGAGAGCAAUUAAAAUCACCCCUCCCCUGUAGAACCAGCAUAGUUGCACUAGCAUGUUAUUCUGAAUGUUGGCCACUAAUUAGAGUUAUUUAUGUGGCUGGUCAGUCUCUUCCAGGCUGAAAAUCCCAUAUCUAUAAAGGUUUCUCUUAACUGGUUCUUCCACAUUAUGUGUUAUAUUAGCCUAUGUCUACACUAUUCAAAAAGGUCUACCCUCUGAGAUCAAAGAACAUAGAAAUCAUUUUGGCAAUCAUUGCAUAGCAUCUCCCUCCAUAAAAUACAGAUACACAAUUUUUCCCCACCAAGAAGUGCUUUUGUCUAAAGGUCAUGAAGGGGACCACCACAACUACAUAACUGUUUUGGUUUUUUUUAUAAAAUUUAAAUAGAAUGUUAAUGUAUGACAUUUAGAAAUCAAGGAACAUGGUUUUUUUUUUAAAAAGAGAAAGCUGUUUCUACAAAAUAAAACCACAUAAAAUUAGCUGUGAAGAGUCUGAAAAGUAGAGCUUGAAUAUUGCCCUACAUUCCUCUGAUGAAAUUUGAAUUUCUCUGUUUAACAACAGCAUAACAGUGAUGAUGGCUAAUACUGGCCAUUAAAAACCACACACACAUGCACAGAGCAAAAGGAAUAUUUAGACUGAAUUGUAGAACAGUGCAAAACCACCGCCUUGUGGUGAGAGCAAGAAAAUACAAUGAAUGGAAUCAAGUGAGUGGUGUCAACUUUCUGCUUUUGAGGGAGACCCAAUUGAGUCAUCAGUCUUAUAGAACCCUAGUCAAAUAGGGUCUCAUUAUGGGUAAGUAAGUACCUGAGAGCACUCUGUCGUGGUGGGUAAGCCUGGCCUACUCUCCAUGCAGGAGUCCUUUAAUAUACUCUGUAGCUCUGAAUAGGAUUGUUCCUUUUGCAUGAGAUCAAGAUAUGCCAGGAAUGCUGACAUACUGUCAUCUGGACAAUAUUAAAAGAAGAAACAAUCUGCUCUACAGAUUUCUAAUGUAAAGCAGGAUAUGGUACUGCUAUGGGUAUGUGUUGUCACAGGGCAGAACCAGACAUUAUGAGGGAAACACAGGUUUCCUUGCCUCAUAUUUCUUUCACAUUGCAGGGACAGGAUGUGGACUUGCAGGAGAGAAUCUGGGGACAAGGCCUGCUUAACCCUUCCCCUAUCAGCCAAUUUCCCCCUGCAACUGACUUAUCAGCCAUUUUAAUUUCUUCUCCAGCCAGGUCCUAAAAUUAAAAGUAAUUUGGGAGAGGCAUUUGUAGAGAAGAAUCAGCCGCUGUGGGAGGAGUUCAUAUGUGGGAGGAGCCCACCCUCCAAUCCGCCCUGCCUUUUAAUUCUCGUUAGCUUACUAAAUGCCAUUUUGGAAGCACAUGUGUGCUGGAAUAUCUAGUCCCAAACACAGCUGAGACUGCAGUGCAACAAAAGAAAGGAACGCCGGGGGUGGGGGGGGAUGACAUACCAUAUUGCCAAGUAUGGAAAAUGAGGACUACCUGAAAAUAUUUUUUUAAAAAACAAAAAAUGUAUAUGAACAUUUUUUUAAAUGAUAUUUCAAAAAGGUAGCAUCCAAAAGUAACAUCCAAUCGAAUCAAAGAGCAUGUACUCCGCUCUUGCUUGUCAUUGGGAUCUGGAAGCUUCUUCUUGCAGAUUCUUCAUGUGGAAGAAAUCUAUCAUGAUUUAUGUUGGUUAUUGUCAACCAAGUUCCAUGAAGAAGGCUAAUGCCAAACCAAGCACUAAAACAGCAUUCCGUCAACAAAGUUAUUGAGAGUCACACAAUCAAAACUUGUGUUCUACCCGGGUUUGGGAGCUGUGUGUGCUCCCAGUUUUCAGUUGUGUGGGAGCAAGGAAAAGCCAGGUUUUCCUCCUACUUUGGUUCCAUACAAUGAGCCAGGUCUAAGCGGCCCGCUCUCCCCGCAGACGAUCACGGAGGGAGCCCUGGGCAGCCAGAUCAUCCGCCCACACGAUUGCCGGUUCCGUAACGGAGCCAGUGGGGGCUAGGGGGAGCGGGGGCCAAUCAGCCCCCCGGAAGCUCCAGCAUGCCCUGUGCGAGUGCGCAGGUCAUGCUGUUGAGUCCCCCAGAAGGUCUCCUCAUGAGUAGGCGUGGCACAGAGCCUCACCGCGGCUACUCACGAUCUUCAAAACCAGGUUUGUGGAGCGCUUGCUUGCUCCACAAACCUGGUUUUAGGGCAGGGGUAUUUAGGCAGGUUUCCCGCCUAGAACCACCAGGCUCGCAGCCAAGCCCGGUGGUUCACACGAUGGGACAAAAUCGGGCUAGCCUCCGCUAGCCCGAUUUUGCCCCAUCAUGUGAAUAGCCUCAAUCACUUCUACCUAGGUUUUCCUCCUACCUUGCUUCCACACAGUCACAAAUUGGGAGCACACACAGCUCCCAAACCUGGGUAGUAUACAGUUUUCGAUUGUAUGAAUGACCUCAUUGUAUUCAGACACAGGUACUUAACUAUAUACUGUCCCCUUAAGCCCAACUCACUUCCCAGACACACCCAUCCUUGGACUAGAAAAAAUCCUGCUGCAGGCCUGUUUUCAUAGGCCUACUGGGGAACCGCAUAGGACCCUAUUUGAUACACCUGUUAUGUUACCAACAGCUGUGUGGAGCCUAAAUGAGUAAUUCAACAGAGUUCAACAGCAAAACAAGAACUAAGUUUGCUAUUCACAACAGAAGAACAUUGUAUGACAUUUUCAGGCAGCUUGCCUUUCCCAUAUAUAAGAACAGGUUAGGAGUCGAGCAUUGCUUGAACACUCCUUUCCUACAAUGUUAUCUUUUCCAUCAUGUUCACUUGUGCCUGUGGUAAUCAGCAGAUACAAAUUGCUUUUUACCUCAAGCUGUACUCCUGUCUAACAGGCACUCUUCCAAGAGCAACAGGGACCACCUGCCAGAGUGGUGACAACCCCAAAUGUUGCUAAUUGAGUUUUCUUCAAAAACAAGGUUUCCAUUGUGGUAUUGGAAUCUGUCAAGGCAGAUGGACCACUGACUCCUUCUCACACUAUCAGCAAGAAAUCCAUUUGUUCAUAUGUGACAGACGCCUACAAGCAUGCACUGAAUCUCUACUAACCAUAGUAACUUCAUAACAACUUAUUAUCCAAAUUGCAUUGGUGUUCACACAUCAUUGACAGAGAAUCCCGUAGCACUCUAAAGACUAAUGGCCAGGAUUGAAAAAGGCUUGUGUGUGCAUGCAAUACACACAGGCCUUUUAAGUAUGUGUUGAAAUGGUGUGCCAUUUUCCCCACAGCAACCGAUCACACCUCAGAGAGUGCCAUUCUGGAGUGGUCCCUCCACUGGAAAAGGGAGAGUGAAAAACUCCUUUGCAUGCUUAAUAAACUGUAGGUGGCUGUUAGAUUCCAGACUAAGAAAAUUAUAGCAGUGCAUAAACUAGACUCUUAUUGAUGAACACCGAUGUUAACAGAGAUGUGUUUCUCUUUAAGAUGCCACAGGACUCUUGGUUGCUUGUACAGCAACAGACAAAUGUGGCUACUCUUUUGGGAUUUUUCCCCUCAAAGUAGGGUAAUCAAGUAUAUUACAAAUGCACAUUUCCCCGUGUAGACCUGAUGAUGAAGCUUGUUGUGAAGCCCCAAACCUUGCAGAACUUCUCGAAGUCAACUAGGGCAUAUCCACACAUCACAACAUGUGGAUUAUGCUAUUUAACCCAACCAUUCCUCCUUCAUAUGUGCAAAUCAAUGUUAUCCAGGAGAAGAAAAUGAGGGCAUUAAUACUCUCUGAGUGCAUGGACUGUGAAGGGAUAUAAUCGACACUGGGUCCAUGAUAGAAGUCCUUGCAGUGAGCUCCACAUGGACAGCGAGGCUUCUGCUUCUCUGACAGCAACAUUCUACAUGAUUUGUCAUCUCGUUUUUGAAACUUGGGAGAAUUUCCAAUGUGAUUCGUGAUUUGCUAUACAAUAUAGAGAGCUGCUGUUUGAAAAGUGAGCAGCCCUAGGGUAUGGAUGGAAAGGGGAUCUCUGGAUUGUAUAGUGUGUAACUAUACAGCUAGGGAGUGGUAUUUAUUCUGGCCUGAAGCAAAAAGAGUUUUUAUGUGCCCUCUAUAUUGACCGAGUGUAAGAAAACCUAUUUUUCUAUUCUACAUCGCUCAACUUCCUGAAAGGCAGAAUGGGCCAAAAAUUGUUAAAGCAAGAGACGCCCUUUUCAAAAGGAAGGGAAACCUCUGUGAUAAACCACUGUGAUGCUGGAGUUUACUGGGAAUGCUGAAAACAGCACACCCCCUUCCUGUUUAUGAUGUCCCUGCCUGGGAUACUUCCCCCUUCUUGUCCUGUGCAGGGAUAUGACUAGGUGCUCUGUUGACUAUUUCCAUUAACCCUUCAAUCCACAGUGCCUAUGGCACUCCAGUACUGCCUAAAGGAUGAUGAAUGCUCUAUGCGUUCAGACAUUACUGUAUCAACAAGGGAAGUCGGGUGGGAUGGGAGGAAGCUGAUUUAAAGGAGACCAGAACCCCGCUCAGAAGAUUAAACUGCAUAAAUGCCUGAACUUUGGCUGGUGUCACUGUUGCUUUCUCACAAGGAUAAUUCAAAAAGAUUUUCAAGACUCUGACCCCUCCUUUGUACAUGCAUUAUUCUGGAACUGUGCUUAUUAUUUAAUAGAAGAAACAAAAGAGGCAACAGCUCCCUUUGAGUGACUCGGACGAACUACAUCUCAUCAGUAAAACAGAAUGAGGGAGAGAGAGAAAAAAGCAACCGCCCUCCCAAUGAUCCCGUAACGGAACCGUAGCUCAGAGAAUGGGAUAUACGCUUGUUAACCAUUGUUAACUAGUAUUUUUAGUCCUGAUUGCUCUUAGACUCUGUAUAGUUCCUUUUUUAAUGCAUUUUCUAUACGUUAAUAAAAGAUUCCAAAGGAGAACA